AUGGGCCGGAAAAGAAAGUCCACUCGACGUAUGAGGGAGUCUGAUGAUUCAGAGCAUAGUGAAUCAGGUUCACUAGUGCGAAGAAGGCAUAAGUCGCGACGACGCUAUAACAAGUCGCAAACUCGUGAUUCAUCGAGUGGCUCUGAUGUACCGCGACACUGUAGAGUAUCAAAGAAGCGCCGUAGAUCCAGGAGGUGUUCUGAAACGCCUCAAAGGCGUACUGUACCGCGGGGUCAUAAUGGUACCCCGGAUCCUGGCACAACUCAAAGGCGUAAUGUAUCACGGGGCCGUGAUGUUACUCGAGAUCCUGGCACGCCUCCAAGGCGUGAUGUAUUGCGAAACCAUGAAGAGUAUCAAAAUCCUGAGGAGCUGCAAAGUACACACCUUCUUCAAAAUGAAUAUGCAGCGGGGACGUCACAGCCUGCUACUAUACCAGCAGUAACACCAACCGUGAGUGCACCUCAAAUUAAUGUUAGUACUGACUUUAAUGCUAACGUUUUAGCCUUGGCCUUCAAGGAGCUUAUUCAGACCAUGAAAACAGAUGGGGCGACGCCGCGGGCCAACGGCCAAGUCGAGCGGUAUAAUCGAACAGUUUUAGCAGCACUUACAGCUACAAAUCAUAGCAAGCCCGAUAACUUGUGGGACGAAUGUGUAUCUGAAAUUCAAUGGGGACUGAAUAAUACUCAGAAUAAGGGUACGGGAAAGAGCCCCGCACAGGCAUUAUUUGGUCUGGACUUGGUAGGUACGUCAGGCUCUUUAUUGCAACUUAGUGUUACAGAUAGUGCUGAUAAUGUUGAUACUCCUAUAGAAGACAUAAGGAGAGAGAUGACAGAGCAAAUAAGAGACAAUCAAGAUAAACAAAAGCAACGGUUUGACAAAAUUAGGAAGGAAGUUACAUAUAAUAUAGGUGACCUAGUCAGAAUAGAAAGAGAAAUUUCAUCAACCGGUAACAGUAGAAAAUUAAUCCCAAAACUUAGAGGUCCGUAUCGUAUAAAAGAAGUUUUAGAUAAUGAUCGUUAUGUUGUUGAAGAUACGCCAUUAUCCAGGAAGGGUAACAGAAAUUUUAGUAGCAUUUUCUCUGUAGACAAAAUUCACCCUUGGAUGGUUUUUAAUAGAGCAGACACAGAGUCUGAAACUUCAAAUAAUGAUGAUGCUGACGAGUUAGAAGUAAGA